AUGUCUUCUCUCAGCCGUUUCCUCCUCCCUGCUUUGUUGCUCCAUGCCCCCCUCGCUGCAGCCCACAGCCGCGUCGCCAACAUCAUCAUCAACGGCACAUCCUAUGAAGGGUUCAACGCUAAACAACCGACCAACCCACCCGUACUCGUAGCCUGGAACACGACCGUCUCCGACGACGGCUGGGUCAACUACGAGUCCUACGCCCACCCCGACAUCAUCUGCCACCGCGACGCCGUGCCAGCGCGCGGCCACGCACCCAUCGAAGCCGGCUCCACGCUCUCAGUCCAGUGGGCGGGCUACCCCGAGUCGCACAAGGGGCCCGUGCUAACGUACCUCGCGCCGUGCCACGGGUUCUGCGAGGACGUCGACAAGACGGCGCUCGAAUUCUUCCUCAUCGGAGCGCGGGGGCUCGUCGACCCGGACGGCGUGGCAGGGCCGUACCCCAGCGCGCCGGGCCUCUGGGCCAGCGACGAGUUCAUCCAGAACAAUUCGUCGUGGGUCGUCAGGAUUCCCGAGACGGUGAGGCCGGGCCACUACGUGCUCCGCCAGGAGCUCGUGGCGCUGCACUAUGCGCGGAUCGACGGGCUUGGGACGCAGCAUUACCCGCAGUGCGUCAACCUCGAGAUCAUCGGGGAGGGAGACGAGGUGCCGGAGGGGACGCCGGCCGUGGAGCUCUAUGGCAAGACCGAUCCGGGGCUGGUGUACGAUGUUUCCAAGGAGCCGCUGUCUGCUUACUUGAUUCCGGGGCCGACGCUGUGGAGCGGAGCGGGGGAUGAGGUCCAGCAGACGAUGCCGGUCAUUACGGGCACUGCAGAGGCGAUCCCGGGUGGCCAAGACGCUGCGCCGGGGCCUAUCGCCAGGGCUGAGCCGACUGAUGCGUGUGUGCAGUGA